AUGGUGUUUCUUCGGCUUUCAAUUAAAGUCUUUCCCAGGGAGCAGUUGGCCCCAAGCUCAAGCUCUAGUUGGGGUAGAUCCCUCCUUGGCGGGAGAAAGUCUGUCACCGAUGAGUCUAGUCAGGGAUCCGCGGCUUCCACAGCAGUGAAGAAACCCGGCCUCUUCCUGUUGGUUCUGGAACAGCCGCAGGAUGUUUCCCUUGGUGGCCUUGCGGGGAUGAUCCAGGAACAUUGGGGAAAGCUUCACCCGGAAUUAGAACCUCUCUCAAUUAAGAAGAUCGUCGACGAUACGAAAGAAGAUAUCGAUCUUCACCCCGAUUUGACCGUUGCCGAUGUCUGGGUUGACUAUGGAAAAGCUCGUACCGAUGGCCUUGACCAGCGUGGCUCAGUUCGUGUGUUACAGAAGCCUACUGCAGCUGUUCCGGAGCGGUUCCCCUCCGUUGAGCCAGAUUGGGAUGCUGCUAUCGCUGCCUACGAGCACAAGCGCGCGGCGAAGACUAAAAAGGAAGCCAUGGAGCGCGAGUUCCCUGCGAUCCAGGAAGAAGAUGAGGAGAGCGAGAACGGAUGGCAGCGCAAUCGAUCUCGGUCUUUGACUCGCUCCCAGUCUCAAUUGGAACAGUCGCCCGCCUCGGCCGAAAUUACGACUAAUAAGCCUCCUCCCUCAACACAAAAGUCACCAGUUGAGCAUCGUCAUCGCGAUUUACCUCUUUCUUCCGUCGAAGUCCGCAGCCCUGUUACUACCCCACCGCCGGCGCAGUCUGGUCCUACAAUUGCGGGAACGCCGCCUCUUAGGCAUGAGAGCGAGGAGCUCGGCGAAUCUCCGUCACCAGCCGAGCGACGUCCCUCUGUCGCGCGAUCACGAUCUACACCUGCUUCUGAGACCGCCAUCUCAGAGCUUCAGACUAAGCCGCAAAAGCUGGUCAAAAUACCUAUCCCGCGUGCCAUUUCAACUCAACAAACCCAAACAACCGAAGAAGCUACCUCCAGCUCAAGCAGUGAGAGUGAGUCUGAGUCCGCUCAUCAGCAGAUCGCGACGGAAACAAUCAAGGCGCGCAUUACCAAUGGCGCAGCCACUAAGAGUGUCUCGCGAUCUCCGCAAAAGAAGCAGGUGGAAGCGCAGAUUAUAACCUCCAGCGAUGAGUCCAGUGACGAGGAAAGUGACGACCAGAGCGAGAGAGAUGAGCCGGAGAAGAAGAAUAUUGAGCAGGAUAAUAGAGACGAAGAGACUGGUUCUGAUGGCUCUGAAUCCGAAGCAAGUGAAGAGGGUGGGCCCAAGGAUCAAAUCUCGACGCCUCAGAUUGGUCAAUCUAUCCCGAAAUUUAGCAAUAUCGUGGAUAUCAUCGACCUUGACGCAGAUGGUGAUGUGCAGAUGGAAGCACGGGAUCUCUCGCAAUCCCAGACCAACGGUGCAUUCCCCCAAACUCGAUCUCGCAAGCGCAAGCAGAGCUCUGUAGAGCCCAUUCCAGUUAAAGAACCUCGUCAAGGACAGUCUCACCCCUCAACUCGGCAACAGACCAAGUCCAAUUCUCCGAGAUCUGUGCCUGAGGUUGUUGUGUCUUCCCAACAGUCACGGCAGUCCGAAUUUAAAUCCCCGCUUGCUGCACCUGAAGCAACUCUGCCUCUUGCUCCGGUCAGCCCAAAGCGAAGACUUGAACGUGCGCCUUCGUUUUCCAGCCCAGGUCGCAGGGCGAGUAUCCGCGAGGAGCAGGCCUCUCCCAAGUCACCGCAAUCUGGCAUCGGUUUGGGUUUUACAAGGAGUCCUCCUAGCAACCAGCAUGUCGCGCUGGAUUUCUCUCAAGACUCUCCCAGAACUGCAGACCUACCAUCCACUCAGCGCUCUUUCGGCGGGCCACUGUUCCCAAGCAGUAAUGGCACGGUCAUCCCUUCGUCUUCCUUCACUUCUAUGAAUAAAGAAACACCUGCAAUCGAGAGGACGAAGAAGUCCGCCAUCCGCGCAAAGGAUUCUCCGGCAUCAGAAAGGCGAUCCGUAUCUUUCGCCGACGAGGGCUCUGAAUCCGUUGCCCGCUCCACCCCUCGUAAUGCGGCAAUCAGCUCCAAAUCCACCCGGGCGACACCUUCUAGUGCCACCCCACGAAAUGCCGCUACCAAGCCCAAGCCGGCUCAGCAGACACCCACUCCGGCUGUCAGACCUACCCGCGGAACGCCAUCGAUCUCCACACCCGGCACUGCUACUAAAAAGACACCCAAAUCUACCUCCGAACCAGCUCGAGGAACACAGUCACACGUUGAGCCAGUCUAUCCCCCAGGGUUUGAUGUGGCCAAGUUGAGGCAGGAGAUUGAAGACGAAAAGGAGGCGAAAAGAAUCGCUAAGGAAGCCGAGAAGGAGCAGAAAGGAAAAGAGGCCGCGGAGAAGGCAGGAAUCGAACGCAAGCUUCAGGAAAGCACCGAUCCCAAGCACACCAUUCUCCUCACUGAGAUGCUCACGAUCUUGGGCAAAAUAGCCAAUCCCAAGGCUGACAUGGCCAGGCGAAACAAUCUCCGCUCCCAGCUUGCUCAGCUGCGCAUUCAGGAGAAAGACUGUGCACAGAAGUUGGCGGCACAAAAGUCAAACCCGCGCGAGUCUGUCGCCAGACAACCCCGGCCAACCCUGAAGGACAUGCUUAGCAGCCAGAAGCAGGAGAUGGCUGCCAAGACCGCGAAGCCGCGAGUUGAGGCCAAGCCCGCCCCAGCUCCCCGGGGUGAUGUGUAUGAAGUGCCCAGCUCCAGUGAAUCCGAUUCCAGCGACUCUGAUUCCAGCGACAAUGAUUCUGACAGUGACUCGGGCGACAUCAUGCCCAAUGGCCAGUCGGUGAAACUGCGCAAGCCCUGGUCCCAGCGAUCCACUUGA